AGCCCGCGACGGAAGAUGGCGUUCAUUUCCAUCCCUAGCAAUGCUUCUUCUUCCUCUUUAAAGCUCUCAUCCACACUCCUCGGCUCUCUUCACAGGCUCUCCUCUCAAUUCCCUCUCCUCUCUCUCUUACUCUGAUCCGAUGCCCCAGGUCGCCUGCGAUACACGAACCCCACCGCCGCCGGAGGAGAAGGAGGAGGAGGAGGAGCAUGAUCCUCACCUCCCGCGCGUGUCAUUCGAGGUUCCCGUCGGGAGGAGUGGCGGUGGCCUCGGAUACCGCAUCUACGAUCGCGAGGAGUCCACCAAGGGGCUCACCAACCCCAAGUCCGGCCAGGCCAACUCCAAGUCCCGGUCCAGCUCCGAGCGCUUCUCCGUCCCCCGGAAGCCGCCCAUCAUCGGCCUCCCCGCCAAGGUCCAGACCUCCGGCUACGGCGGGCGGUGCACCCGGCGGUCCACCCAAGGCCGGAUCUUCCCCAAGAAGGGCGGCCGCGGGGGAGGGCGGAAGUCGGCGGUGCCGGAGAAGGAGCCGGGGUCCCCGAAGGUGUCCUGCUUCGGUAAGGUCGGGUCGGAGAGGGCGCGGGCGCGGCGCCAGCUGGAGCAGCAGCGCGACCCGGUGGUGGAGCCGGAGGUGACGGGCUGUUGUGCGGGUUUCAUGGCCAUCCUCGGGCUGGGCGGCGGCGGACGCCGCCAGCCGGAGGUGCCGGUCGAGAAGAGCUCAUCGCCGCCGCGGAGGAGCAUCUUGGAGAAGACAGUGAAGAAGGCGUCGAGGGAAGCAACAACGGCGCCGUAUCCUGCGGGUCCGGGGUCGGGUCUGGGAGGAGGGAUGAGGCGGUUCUCGUCGGGGCGGCGAGCGGCGUCGUGGGGAGAGGAAGCGGAGCUGGAGGCGAGGAAACGGGAAGGGGCGGCGACGGUUGAGAAGGACGACUAAGCGGGGCCCGCAACCCUUGGGAGUAGCUUCUUUGUUGCUGACUUUUGUA